AUCCAUAUUCCAUACCCCACACUCUUGCACUAACGCCAAAGCGGUGUGGAAGAAGCUUUUAAUUAGUUUUCGUUUCCAUUUCCACUAUAAAAUGGCCAUGGAACGAUGGAAUCACAAAUCACUCCCAAUCGAGUCCCGUGAGCCCUGACCCUCUUUAUCUCUCACUCACUCUCUGCUAACCUCUGAUUAGUUAUCUCUAUCACCAGUAGCUGCCGCCUUGCUCGCUCGCUGCCGAUAGAGCUGCGGCAGCACGGCCGGCCACCAGCACCACCACCGCGUAACGAAACCCAACGCCGCCGGUCGCCGGCCGGCCGUCCAUCCGCCGCACCGGCCAUGGCCAUGGCGCUGGCCCUGGGUGGUGGCCAAGACGCGGAGCGGAAGGUGAAGGUAGCGGAGGUGGCGCUGCGCGCGCUGCUGUGCGGGCUGGGCGCGCUGGCGGCGGCGCUGGUGGCGACGGACACCCAGACGCGGACCUUCUUCUCGCUGCAGAAGAAGGCCAGCUACACGGACAUGAAGGCCAUGGUGUUCCUGGUGGACGCCGCCGCCGUCGCCGCCGGCUACAGCCUGCUGCAGCUGGCUGCGCGCUGCUGCGGCGGCGGCGCCAUGUCCAGCGGCCGCGGCGACGGCGGCGGACGCGGCCGGGCCCUGUCCUGGUGCGUGUUCUCGUGCGACCAGGCGCUGGCGUACGUGCUCCUGGCCGCCGUCGCCGCCGCGCUGCAGGCCUCCGUCGUCGCCAAGCGUGGCCAGCCCGAGUUGCAGUGGAUGGGGAUCUGCGCACUCUACGGCGCCUUCUGUAGGCAGGCCGGCGCCGGCCUCGCUACCGCCGUCGUGGCUGGGCUCGCCGCCGUCCUGCUCGCCUUCCUCUCCGCGUUCAACCUCUUCAGGCUCUACGGCAGCGGCGGCACCAAGAGCUAGUAGCUUUGUGAUGAGCAGAGGCCGUUCUUCCAUCUGACCACCAUCUCUUGCAAACACCGUAGCGUAGGGCUUUGCUUGAUUUGGUUGCUACUGGUAAUUAUAUAUAGGCUGGUUCAUGCAUGUGAAAGCAAGAUCGAGUGGUGCUAAUAAGAUAGCCGUACGCACUGCUCAACGUCGAAUUGAAACAACUUAAAGAAUAAACAUGAAUGGGUCUAUAGGAUCGGAGUUGCAGCAAA